GCAGCAGUUCUUUUCGUAUUGUUGUGCCCUUCAAAUGCGAUGGAGAUCGUGAUCGAGAUCGGACAAGCACCCAUCUCCGCGGCCGCACGGACCGGCUGCCGGGCACGCCGAAUCGCUUGAGAAAUGGGCUCGGGGUUUGCGUUUGCGCUCUAAAGCGCGAGUUGGGCGAUUCCCCCUCGCAAUUGCUGCUGCAAGCGCCGUUAUCCCCUUGCAAACAUGGCCGCGCCCCGCCCGGCUGCCUGCUUCGAGGUGAUAUGAUAUGCCGAAUGGCCGAAUGAACGAAGGAAUGAAUGAAUGAGUGAGCGGAGGGGAGGCAUCGUGGUGGCGAUGUCGAUGUCGGGGUGGGUGUCGAUGACGGGGACGGAGGAAGGACGAUGACGAUGCAACGGGCAGCCUCGUGGAGAAGAUGAGGGUGCGAAGCGCAAUUGGGUUUCUGUCAUUCGAGAGCGGGAGCAGGGGUCGAGAUUGGGUGGACGUUGAGGCCGCCGAGGCGGGGCUGUCAGAUUGGCGCAAGCGAUGGAGGGGCGCAUAGAUUUCCCCUCGCCCUCGACGACACGUGGCCCGCCGCCGCACGAGGCCACCUUCAAGCUGUCAAUUGUCGAUCGCCUGCGGGCGUCGCUGGGACGGAAGCGGAUCGUGCCCAUCUCCGGCAGCGGCUUCGCGCUCCUGCUCGCCCUCUCACCCGCCCCACCGCCACCCACCGUCGUCCUCGGCUCGAUGCAGCACCUGCCAGCGGCGGACUACGACGGAUCGACGAGCCCAUGCCUUGAGAUCAGCCCAGAUGUUCAGCGCUCCACGCCAUCCGGCUCCCCUCCUCUCGACCAGUAUUCUUCCCCGUCGUCGUCUUCGUCGUCCCAUCGCCCGUCCCUGCUCGAAUCGCUUCGCCACUCUCUGGCCCUGAUCUCUGCCACCCUCGCCCUCUGCGUCCUUCACGUCGUCCUCGGCGACUGGAGCUUGCCGUCAUGCGUGGGCGGAACCAUCUGAAGUACGAUUGAUUAGAGCACUGCAAUUUCCGACGCCCUGCCUGCCUACCUACCUACCUCUCGUACUCGAUGAUUGACCGACCGACCGACGGACCGACCGAGCGUUCGAUUCAUGCGUUUUGGGCCGAUGCUCGUACUCCUCAGAAGUGGAAUGGAGAAUUGUGCGGAGGAAUCGAGAGGGAUGCCAGUCUCUGAUCGUGAUUUUGUGAUGGGAAUGUCUAACGAGCUAGAGUUCUGACCCGUGCUACUCAGUGUUUCGGGCUCGAGCACGAGAGGAAGAAUGUUGCGAGGGCCGCAAAGGCUGUAGAUAUUUCGAAGUCGCGGUGAAGCCAUGAGGCCGCUCAUGAGGAUGUUCAUGCUGGUCGUCCUGUUCCGGCCGCUGGUCAUCAUCGACCUGUUCGCUCAAGGCGCUUGGUACUUCUCUAUCGUCUUCAACCAUCCGGUCCUCUCGAGUCAUGAUCACAGCAAUUGAUUUGCAGGAUGACGAUGAUGGUGAUUAUGACACGCUUUUCUUCGACGCGGGUCGGAAGAAUUGCGGCAUCGUACAUCGCAGCGAGCAUUGCAAAACGAGCGCCUGAGGGGUCUAUGCGCCAUCGGCAAAGUCGACGUGCCGAUUCUCCGAGUGCGGAGGAAUUUCGUGGUGUGAUUUCUCAGAGUUGAAUUGGGGGAAACGGACCAGGUCUCGAUAAAUGCACGCCCGACUUUAAUCGAAGAAGACCACAACCGAAGCAUCGAUCAUGAAUUCACACGUACAUACAGGCAGGACAAUCUAAGAAGCUGACGCUUGCUCAUAGAUGAGAUCACCCGAAGACAAAAGUGGAGGGGACUUUCGUAUAAACACACGGGCACCCAGAAAGCCGCCGGGUUCACGGCAGGGCAUGGCUCAGCUCCUCGAUGCCGUAUAAAGGCUCCAGGUUCUCGACUACAUCAUGGAGUCGGCUGCUUUGUAAAUGUUAGAUACCGCCCGUGAACCCGAGCUUGGCACAUCACCGACUGAAUCAGAUGGAUAUUGCCCCACCCUCCCACUCAGCGCCCCUGUCGAGCUUCCACUGUACAUCUUUCCGCCCACUCCGUUUCGUUCUGUUCAUAUGACAUGUAUGUAUAAGCAGGCUUUCACCUGAUCGAGACGCAAUUCCACGAAGUCAGUCAGCAGCACCAGAUGCACCGAGCCUGCAAUUCACUUCAUCUUCAUCCUCAUCCUCAACUUCAACUUCAACGCAGGGGCUUACACUUACGCUUAGCUAUAUUUAGGGCUGCUCAGCAUGCCGGAGCUCACGACAAUUUGUCUGUUCAAUUAAGCUCCGUGUGAAAUCUGGAAAACUAGGCAGAGUAGAUUUUGAAGACCGAAAGAUCACUGGUGAGGACAACGAGGUCUUCAGCCGAGAAUUUCCCAGCGAGGACUCUGAAGGAUGAUGAUCUGAGCCGGAUGCAGAGAGCACGGGAAAUUCAGUAGAUACACACACUAGGGGCACCCCCUCACGAUGGACUUAUCUGAAGUGAAUGUAGUCGAUACGAAAAGAAGGUGUAUACCACUGUAUGUUAUGUUCAAAGAUUUAAGUUGAGUUCCGACAUGAGUUUCCGCA